UACCCCUUCACUUUUCCAGCCUCAACCUUAGCAAAAAACACUUUUAUCUCACCAUAAUUUAAUAAAAGUCUAAAGAACACUUAAAAAUACAAGAAAAUCACGCGGAUAAAAGUGAAUUUCAAACAAAAUAAAAAUACUACAAGGUACUACAACCAAGUGCAGCGUUGCCGUAUAAAAACGUUAAUCACAAAUAUGCAGAAAAUACUCUGAAGAACCUUUGCAACAGAAAUAGGUCAUUUGGCUAGUUGUGGAUACGAUGGGGCUAAUGUCAAAACGACGUGGGGCCAACUUAUUUGGCGACAUCGCAAAAGGAGUGAUUGCUGUGAGGAAAGAACAAUUCUAGGUCUAUUUGGCUACGAAGAACAUUUCAUAUGCGGGGCAGUCCUGAUCAGCCGCAAAUAUGCCUUGACAGCUGCCCAUUGCAUCAGACUUCCAGGAAUGUAUACUGUAAGGGCUGGCAGUCCAAAUUUUGACAGAGGAGGAACCGUGAUACCCAUCAAGAAAGCGAUGUUGCACCCUUGGAGAAGAAAAGCGAACGAUGAUUAUGAUUUGGCGAUUUUGGAAUUUCGUUUUAAAGUGAGGUUCUCUGAUAUCAUAAAACCAGUGAGGCUUCCAAAACAAGACGAACCCGUCCCAGAUGGUAUCAAAGGUACUGCUUCCGGUUGGGGGAGCAUGUCCGCAAUAGUAACAGUACUCUCAGAUAAUUUGAGAGCGAUCACUGUUCCGGUGAUGCCAAAACCAAUAUGCCGAAGAGACUACUGGGGCAUUGAUAUCUCCGAUAGACAGUUCUGUGCUGGGUAUAUGAACGGGGGCAGAGAUACAUGUAAUGGUGAUUCUGGCGGACCUUUUGUGAUAGAUGAUAAACUAUAUGGUAUAGUUUCGUGGGGUUUUCAAUGUGCUAGACCUGGCUCGCCGGGAGUUUAUACCAGCAUACCAGCUCUCAGAGAUUACAUAAGGAUAAAUACCGGAGUUUGAAAUAUUGUCU